AUGGCAGAUCUACAGAGACAACUCCAGGUCCUUAGUGACGAGCAUCAGAAACUCGAAACAGAACUCCAAGAGAUUGUACAAGCUCGUGAGAAACUAGAGUCCCAGCAGCAGGAAAACAAAAGUGUGCAGAAGGAAUUCAACACCCUCGAAGACGACGCAAAUAUAUACAAGCUUGUGGGUCCAAUUCUGCUCAAGCAGGACAAGCGCGAUGCAGUGAUGGCUGUGGACGGUCGUCUUGAUUUUAUUGAAAUGGAGAUAAGUCGAAUCGAGAAGCAGAUCAAUAAUGUCCAAGAACAGAGAGAGAGAAGGAAGAUAGAGAUUAUCCAACUACAAACAAAAUUACAGCAGCAACAGCAACAAGCAGGUGUGCCUGCAGCUUGA